UGUGUACUCCGUAUUUGACAACUGUCUGAGUACUAGUCUACUUUUUUUGCUUUUAUCUGGUUUGAUCUGGUCUAGUCUGAUAUCGAAAUUGAUCCUAGGAAAAACAUCUUAAAACCAAAUUCAUUGUACGAGUAAUAAUUGAAUUGGUUGCUCAUCCAUUGACCUACCAUAUUAAUUAUAAGGUGGGGAUCCAACUAGGCAAUUAUCCAAACUUAUAUCCAAGAAUGACUAGCUGCAAAUUCAAACGAUCUUCCCAUUUUCCUGUACGCAAGAAUGAUGAUUUAAGAACACAAUAUAAACGUGUACGUGAAGUAGCUGGCAGCUUGAUAUAUUAAUCUGCCGACACCCUUACCUUGAAGCUUGAAACAUUUUUUUUAGCAUUUCUUCAAGGUCUCCAUUAAUUAAUGGUAUGGGGAAUUGCUUUAGUGCUCAUUCAAGUAGAGAACCCCAACAAACACUACUCCCCAUUGAUUCUGCUUUCAAGCUUCCUUCUCCGUUGCCUGCAUGGCCAUCUUCAUCAGAUGGCUCAGAAUUUGGGAGUGGAUAUAUUGAUCUUGGGGGGCUCCAAGUCUGCCAAAUUUCAACUUUCAGGCAGGUCUGGUCAACGCAUGAAGGAGGGCCGGACAACCUCGGAGCAACAAUCUUCGAGCCCUCGGUCAUACCCACCGGGUACUCCGUCCUAGGUUACUACGCCCAACCGAACAACCGGCAGCUGUUUGGUUGGGUUCUUGCCGGCCGGGACAACUCCGGCGAUAUCCUCAAAGAGCCAAGCGAUUACACUCUUGUUUGGAGCAGUGAGCAGUUGAAGAUCCAACAAAGUAGUCCUGUCUAUGUUUGGCUGCCAGUUCCCCCGGAGGGUUACAAGGCAGUUGGACACCUUGUCACCACGUCACCGGAGAAGCCACCGGCCGGCCGGGUAAUGUGCGUCCGGGCAGAUAUGACGGAGGAAUGUGAAGUUGAAGAUCUGGUUUGGUCACCUGGGAAGUCUAGCGAUCCAAAUGGUUUUAAUCUUUACCGUUUGAGACCCCGCAAUAGAGGUACACAAGCUCAAGGAGUUAGUGUGGGCACAUUUGCAACCAAUAGCAACACAUCUCUAGCUUGUCUCAAGAACAACAAUUUUACAAAAUAUUCUUCCAUUCCUAACCUUACCCAAAUCGAAACACUCUUCCAAGAAUACUCACCCAUUGUUUACCUCCACCCUAAAGAAACUUACCUCCCAUCUUCGGUCAACUGGUACUUCACAAACGGCGCUUUGUUGUACAAGAAAGGCGACGAGUCAAACCCCGUUGCCGUUGACCCAAACGGCGCAAAUCUUCCCCGAGGCGGAUCAGACGACGGCGCAUACUGGCUGGACCUCCCCGCCGAUGAACCCGCCAGAGACGCCGUCAAGAAAGGAGAUCUAAAGAGUUCCGAGGUUUAUCUCCACGUAAAACCCAUGUUGGGCGGAACAUUCACCGACAUUGUGAUAUGGCUGUUCUACCCUUUCAACGGUCCGGCCACCGUCAAGCUCGGGCUGGUCAACAUCCCGUUGACCCGGACCGGAGAGCACGUCGGAGAUUGGGAGCAUCUGACUCUGAGGAUCAGUAACUUCAAUGGAGUCUUGCAAAGGAUGUACUUCUCCGCUCACAGUGGUGGGUCGUGGGUGGACGCCCCGAAUCUUGAGUUUCUUGCCGGCGGCAACAAGCCGGCGGCGUAUUCGUCGGAGAACGGCCACGCGAACUAUUCGAAGCCGGGGACGGUUUUGCAAGGGCUGGGGGAUGAGAUCGGGUUGAGGAAUGACACUGCCAAGAGUGACUUGGUUUGGGACUGUGGCCGGAAGUACGCGGUGGUGGCGGCCGAGGGUGUGGCGCCGGCGGUUGCUGAGCCGCCGUGGCUGAACUAUGCUAGGAAGUGGGGCCCGACGGUGACGUAUAAGAUUGGGGAUGAAGCGGAGGCGUUGGAAGAGGAGUUGAAAGGGGGCUUGAAAUCGGCGUUUGAGAAUCUGGUAGAUCUGUUUCCUGAUGAAGUGUUCGGAGAAGAAGGCCCGACUGGCCCCAAGGUGAAGGAUAGUUGGAGUGGUGAUGAGAGGUGAUUAUUGUGAACGAAAAAUAAUAAAAAUAUUCCAAUAUUAGUAAAAGUUCUUGUUUUUUUUAUAAUUAUAUGAUUUAUAUACUAGAUAUGUUUUUUUCCUAUGAUAUGAGUUCAUUGAUAAUCAAAUACUCUAUUUUUUGUUUUGACAAUGAAGUACUCCAUUGAAGUGCUCUCUAAUUCUGCAUAUGUACAUCAUCUUUCUUUAAUUUUUUGAAUUGCAUUAUAGAAGACAUUCCGGAGUUAAGUCACAUUAACUAUACUUAAUGAUACUGUUUUCUAAUAUUCAUUAUAUUUAAUGACACAAAUUAUG